AUGCGUUCGGCGGCAUCACAGCCGUUGGGAGCAGUCCUGGCCAUGACGCUUCUGGCGUCCUUUGCCUCUGCUCAGAUCCGACCAGAACAAGUGUAUCAGCCGCCUCCAGCUUCCAGCGGAGCAGCAUCGCAGCAGUCCAACCUCACCAACGGCGUCAACCCGCAGUACGCCGAUCUGCUCGGCAACGCUCUCUGGUUCUACGAUGCGCAACGGAGCGGUGCUCUGCCAGAUGACAAUCGAGUCUCAUGGAGGAACAGCAGUUGUGAGAACGAUGGAUCGCUCAACAAUACCGACCUCUCUGGUGGCUGGUACGAUGCUGGAGACUACGUCAAGGCCACCUAUCCCUUGUGCUGGACCAUGACCUCGAUCGCAUGGAGCGCCCUCAGUUUCGGAUCCGCAUACCAAAGAAGCUCGCAGGACGCCUACCUCGACUCAACGCUUCGUUGGGGGCUCGACUGGCUCUCCAAGACGCACUCGGAUAAGGACACACUGUGGGUCUUUGUCGGCAACCCUACCGUCGACAAUCAGUACUGGAGUGGUGAUCAGAACAUCCCCGAUCCUCGAACCUCCUACAGCGUGACGCGACAGAACCCCGGCACAGAUGCCUUUGCUUCUUGCGCUGCCGCUUUUGCUGCGGCGACGUAUUUGUACAGCGAAGGCGCUGCAUCCCUUCCCACAAGCACAAACGGCGCUCAACUCGGAGGCGUGUCCAGCAUCCGCAACCGCACCUACUCCGAUGCUCUGUUGCGCCACGCAGAUGGACUAUGGGAUCUGGCCAUCAAUAGCUCGCCAAAACAGGUCUACUCGAUGGCUUCUCCCACUGCUGGUCAGAGCUACCCUUCCAGCGACUACGAAAGCGACCUUGCCUUUGCUGGCUUGUGGAUGACACUAGCCAAAGGGGAUGCCAGCUACGCCAACCAGGGUCUCGCAUUCUACCCUCAAGGCAACAAUGCCUUUGCCAGCGUCAAUACCGCGCUCAACUGGGACCGUAAGACGGCGGCUCUUCCCGUCCUCGCGACUCAGAUCGCGCAGCUCAACACAUCGCUCGGUCUCAGCAUCUCGCGCUUCCAGACCGAUGCCGAGUUCUACUUUGACAACCUCUUGAACAACAAGAUGGCAGACGUCAGUCAGACAAAGGGAGGUCUCUACUGGUGGAAAGGCGAUAGCGACGGUGCCAGUCUCAACCCGGCUCUCAACGCAGCUUUCAUCGCAGACCUCUACUCGGGCCUCGCGACGACCUCGGCCAAGACCACAGCCUACCGAUCGCUUGCGGACUCACAGGUGGACUACUUCCUCGGCGACAACAACUACAAUGGUCCCUUCAUCGUCGGGCAGCAUCCCAACAGCCCCCAGAACCCACACUCGGCCAUGGCGUCGGGGGGCAGCGACAUCACCAACAUCAACGGCAGCCCGCCAAAGGAGCUGCAUGUCUUGUACGGCGCUGUCGUCGGAGGCCCGGACAAGAACGAUCGUUUCUUCGACCUCCGUGAUGACUAUCCCCAAACCGAGAUUGCGCUCGACUACAAUGCACCCCUCAUUGCUGCUGCUGUCUCUCGCAUUGCACGCAACGUGACUAAGGACCCUCCGUACACUUUGUCGAGCGGCGGGGCCAACGUCGCCUCCGGACGGCCGACGGAUGCGGCGUACCCAGCGCGCAAGCACGGCCUCGCUACAGGCGCACAGAUUGCCAUCGCUGUCGUUGUCCUUGUGGUCUUCUUCGGCGCGGCUGGUGGCAUUGCAUGGUGGCAGCGAGAGCGUCUCCGGUGGUGGUACCGCGAGAGGAAGAUGGGUCUCUGA